AUGAGGCUCACGACUGCGCUCUCGUACACUGGUAUUACGCUCGGCGUUGCUGCCGUUGGGUACGCGGUGUACUUUGACUACCGCAGGCGGAACGACCCCCAGUUCCGCAAGCUCCUCCGCAAGCAGUCCAAGCAGUCGACCAAGGCGGCCAAGCGCGAGCAAAAGGCGGCGCAGAAGGAGGAGGCGCUGCUCAUUGAGAAGGCCGUGAAGGAUGCUUCGACGCCCGGCGUGCUCCCUUCGGGUGUGCAGGAGAAGGAGGCGUUCUUCAUGGAGCAGGUCGCCGCGGGUGAGGCGCUCUUUGCGCAGGGCCCCGCCUACAAUGUGCCUGCUGCCAUCGCCUUCUUCCGCGCGCUGAAGGUGUACCCCGCUCCAGUGGAGCUUGUGAUGAUCUACCAGAAGGCUGUGCCGAAGGAGGUGUUUGAAAUUUUGAUGCAGCUCAUUACCAAGGACGCCGCCCUGAACGGCUCGAGCGCCGGUGGCAACCUCGACGAAGUCGACGACGAGGUCCCUGGCAAGGAGAAGAAGGAGACCACGGAGGAGGCCAAGUCUGAGGCCAAGCCCGAGGAGGCCAAGGAGGAGACCAAGCCCGAGGCACCCAAGGACGAGGCCGCCAAGCCCUCGGCCUAG